GAGAAUCAAAGAAAAACAAGUGAAUCAUACAAAGAAAAAUUACAGAACAAUAUUAAACAAAUAUUAAUAAAUAUAAAAACUACAAUUUAAAACAUUUUUAUAUUUUCAAUAAUAUUACCAAACAAAUAUUUCAAAUUUUUCUGAGUGUUUAAAGUUAAGGCAGCAAACUGGGGAACGAUAUGUCUACGGCACAAAUGGAAAAACAUUUGUUUAAUCUAAAAUUUGCGGUCAAAGAACUAGAACGCAAUAGUAAAAAAUGUGAAAAGGAAGAGAAACUGGAAAAAGCCAAAGCCAAAAAGGCCAUACAAAAGGGAAAUAUGGAUGUGGCACGAAUACAUGCCGAAAAUGCCAUAAGACAGAAAAAUCAAGCAGUUAAUUAUUUGCGUAUGAGUGCCCGAGUAGAUGCUGUAGCUAGUCGUGUACAAUCGGCAUUGACCACACGUAAAGUGACGGGCUCAAUGGCCGGCGUAGUCAAAGCUAUGGAUGCUGCCAUGAAGGGUAUGAAUUUGGAGAAAAUUUCUUCGUUAAUGGAAAAAUUCGAACAACAAUUCGAAGAUCUGGAUGUGCAAAGUUCGGUUAUGGAAAAUACCAUGUCCGAUACGGUUACCACUUCAGUGCCUCAGGGUGAUGUGGAUAAUCUAUUGCAACAAGUGGCCGAUGAGGCUGGUUUGGAACUCAACAUGGAAUUACCUAGUGGUGUACAAUCAUCGACCAUUGGAGCUUCCACUCAAGUAUCUCAGGAACAAGAUGAAUUAACCCAACGUUUAGCUCGUUUGAGACAAGCUGAAUAAGUUGUUGUUUUAUUGUUACCGUGUGUUAGGUGACUUGCUUGGCUUUUUUUGUAGUUUUGAAUUAGAAUUCACAAAAUGAAUUUGUAUUUUUUAUUUAUAUUUUGAAUUUUACUUUAUCAAUACGUAUUAAACUCACCCGAUAUGAUAAUUUGUUACAAGAAAUUCUUAUUUUAAACAUAA